AUGAGUAACACCAAUAAUAGCAUUAAUAAAAAACCAGAAGCUUUACAUUCAAAAACGGUCAACCCUGCUAAUCUACUUGAAUUACAAGUUCUAACAAAAAUCGUCACCGAUCUUCAAAAACGUAAACAGAAGGAUGGCAUUCGUGGCUCAAUACCCUACUUGGCAAAAAUCGUGCAGAUCGUUGAAAAUCAAACAUUAGAAAAACCAUCAUUAUCAGCCAGUCAACAAGAAAAAGACAAGUAUUAUAAGCGGUUAAAUGAAUUAAGAAAAGUACAAGCAGACGCUUAUGCUCAAUUAGCCGAUGCUUAUUUCCGCACUCAAAAUUUUAUAUUAUGCGAAAGUAACUUGUCCAUCGCCGUCAAACAUUGGGAAAAAUUACUAGAGCAUGACGCAAGCUCGGUCAAAUACUGUCAGACACGACUGAAGGAUGCUUACGAGCAAUUAGCGGAAGCCUACGAACAAAUGGGGAAAGAGAAUCUAGCGCAACACAUGAAGACACGAAAAGCAAAAUUGCUGAAAGAGAUUGCCGAACAAUCUUAA